UAAAAUAAGUCUUAAAGCCUAAAAGCCAAAAUGUUUUCGAUCGUAUCUUCUUCUUCUUCACUCGUCAAUUCAACUCUAAAUAUCCAAAAUUCGCCGAAAUCUCCGAUCUCCGUUAUGUCGGCGACGUCUAAAUUCAAAACCCUAACGGAGAAUUUCACCGUGAGGGUGCUAAAAGCAGAGAAUCGCGAACUGAACGUGCCUCUGCUCUCACCUUUCACUAUCGCUUCUUCACGGCUUGAUUCAGUCAAUAACGUUGCGAUUCGGAUUGAGCUUAGCGAUGGGUGUGUCGGUUGGGGAGAAGCUCCGAUUUUGCCGUCGGUAACGGCGGAGGAUCAGAUAACGGCCAUGGUAAAAGCGCGGGAAACUGGUGAGUUUCUGAGAGAGUUACCGGAUAUGAAACUUGGUAAUGCUCUUAAGGAGAUCGAAAGAUUUCUCCCUGGUCAUCAAUUUGCUUCUGUAAGAGCUGGGAUGGAGAUGGCUAUGAUUGAUGCUGCAGCAAAGAGUGUAGGAAUGCCAUUGUGGAAACUAUUUGGUGGAGCUUCAAGUAUUAUUACUACCGACAUUACAAUUCCUAUAGUUUCUCCGGAGGAAGCGUCUACUUUGGCUUCAAAGUAUAGAAAACGAGGUUUUGAAACCUUGAAGCUCAAGGUCGGGAAGAAUCUUAAGGCUGACCUAGAAGUUCUCCAGGCUAUACGUGCAGUCCACCCUACUUGUUCCUUUAUUUUGGAUGCAAAUGAGGGUUAUCAAACAGAGGAAGCUGUUAGAGUUCUCGAGACGCUGCAUGAAAUGAAGGUUACACCGGUUCUCUUUGAACAACCCGUCCACAGAGACAAUUGGGAAGGUCUCAGUCACGUGACUCGAACUGCAAAGAACAGAUUCGGAGUCUCUGUUGCAGCAGAUGAGAGUUGCAGAGGCUUGACUGAUCUCAAGAAAAUCAUAGAAGGUGGUUUCGUAGAUGUUGUUAACAUCAAACUCGCCAAAACCGGAAUCCUCGAGGCCCUUGAGGUAAUUGAAUUGGCUAAGUCAUCUGGAAUUGAGCUUAUGAUGGGGGGAAUGGUGGAGACUAGAUUAGCAAUGGGGUUCUCCGGUCACCUUGCUGCCGGCCUUGGAUGUUUCAGAUUCAUCGACUUGGACACUCCGCUUCUUCUGUCUGAUGAUCCAGUUCAAGGUGGCUACAAAGCUUGGGGCGCUGUCUACGAGUUUAACGAUGAAGGCGGUCACGGAGGAUAUCUUCAGUGGAAUGAUGUUGCUUAGUGAAAUUCCUUCAGUCUACUUAGGUUCCUUUUCUUUUGGUGUCAUAGUAUGUCAAUCUCAAGUUUAAUGUUGAUUUUGGGUUUUGGAAAGGCUAAUCUUGGUCCUAAAUUCUCAGUAUGUGUUAGUUGAGAGUGUAUGUAAUAUACAAGCUUUGUAAUUUCAGCCCCAGGGAGUAGCAAAUAAAUGUAGGAAAUUCAUUACACUGAUCUUGAUUGAUAUCUGUCUGAAA